CUAGCUCGGUACACAAUCCCAUAUGUACCCUCGCCAAUGCGGUUCAACUUUUCAAACUCUGAUACGAAUCGACAUUUGCCAAGCUGUUAAAAGUAAUAUUAUAGGAUUACUUAUUUGUACAUAAUUGGCAACGAUUUGGCGCCAGUGCGCAUAUCUUUCGAGCUUUCGCGCUACUACGAGAGAGUACACGGAGCAGUGGUUCUUAUCCAUCUGUCGAAUAAUGUCAUAUUAUUAAACUGCUUAUUUAUUUCCUUUAUAAAAUAUGACUAUUGGUAUCGUGCAAGAAAAUAAUAAAUAUUAAAAUAAUUGCCGACAUUGACGAGAGUUACGAACGGAUUAAUAAUAAAGUUAUUAAUAAUAAUGACAAUAACGGUGAUGAGAAAUUGAAUGAAAUUAUGGAAACGUCCUGUGGCAAUAUUACACAUGAUCAAUUCAGCAGAGAUGGUGGCUCUGAAAAAGAUUCAAGAGAUAUUAAUCCUAAUAAGGACAUGGCUAAUUGUGAUAAUGUUGGGGAUGACUUUGAGAAUGCCUUUGAUCAAAAUACUGUAGUUAAAGAGAAAGAUUUCUUAGAGAGUAACGAUCAAAUUAAAAGAGUAAGACCAUCGUAUUCAGGCAUCAUAGACAAUGAUACUGAGGACAAUGAUAUUGCUAUUUCUUCAUCAUUCAGAAGCAGGAUAAAUGUGAUAGAAGAUGAUUCUGAAUCCGUUGUUUCCAAUGGAAGUAUAGAUAGAGGCAAUAUUAAAAGGAAAAAAAAUGAGACAAUGGCAUUGGAUAAUGAUUCUAUAGAUGGAUACCAGUAUACAAUAGAGAAAGAGAAAGAGGGAAGUUUGAAAAAGGCAGCGAAAAGGUUUGAGACACUGGUUGAUAGCGAUUCAGAUGAAGAUGAAAUUCAAUUGUCGAUGCUUAAAAACGUGACAAAGUCAACGGAUAGUAAGAAGGAAAGCAAUAGGAAAACUUCUAUCAGAGCCUGCAAGGAAGAAGCCAUGAAACAAAUUCACAGCGAAACCCAAAGAUUAAUUAGAGAAACUGCAAUAUCUUUACCGUAUCAUAGGCCAAAAUUACGAACGUUACAGGAAUUUUUAAAUAGGAAAAAAGUAUCUGUAACGCUUCCAGACGCACCUACGACGGCUUCUAAACUGAAGAUGUCUUACGCUAUUGUAAGCAAGGUACUUGAAGAUAAAGAAAAAGAAGCAGAAGAAUUUUACAAAUCUUCCGACUCGGAGGAAGAUGCGGAGGAAUUAGCAAUGCGUAUUUCUGAACCUAUUAUCAAAGAUGCAGCUACGUCUUACGUUACGAACGAAACAACACCUUUCGGCGAUAUUAAUUGUCUUCCCGAUGAAAAUAUUGAAAAGGUAAUGGUCAAUGAUGAAGGUGAAGGCAAUGCUCAAGUUCUUCCCAUUAAUAAAGAUAUUUCCCAAUGUAAAUCGAUUAUAACCGAUACUUCAGAAAGAUUAUCUAAUGAAAAUAUUGAGUUAUUAGAUAGGUGCAAUUUUCAUUGCUUAUCUACAUUGAAUGUAAGCGAUGAAGUAGGAAAAACUGAUGCAGAUUUAUCAACAUAUAUUGAUGACUAUGCUGUGACAAAUGCCAAAAAUGAUCUGAGACAUCAUGAUCAUGAUAAAAAUGAUGAAAUAAUUGUACAAGAGAUAAUAGAUAAGUUGCUCGAAUUAGUGAACUGUAAAGUUGAACAUUGUGACAAAGAUAAAUUGAAAAAGAAUAUUCUAUUGGAAAAGACUACGAGUGAAAUAUGUUUGGAGGAAAAAGAGUAUAAAGUACUAACGGAAGCUAUUGAUAAUAAUCUAUCGUUAGAUAAAAAUGACAAUGAUAAACUGCAUGCUCGAGCUAGCGGCGAUGAUCAUGAUCUAGCUACCUCCGUUUUUGGAAAUACCACUGAAAAAACAGUGGAACAUAUAGAAAGUUUACCAUUACCGAGUUUCUUUUGCAAAGAAGAAAAGCGCAUAAAAAGACAAUCAUUGUCCGAUACGAGGAUAAAUAUAGAGCCGCGAUUAAAAGGCUCCCCGGGUAUGAUAAUUGAUUUAUCGUGCGACAUGAAAUCGAAUAAGAAAGGUGUAGAAAAUUUAAUAAAUAGAUUUCUUUCCAAGCAUACUGCUAGUGAUAAAGACGUAGAGGAAACAGCCGAGAUAAAUGUUGUUCACUUGGAAAAUACCGCUGAUGGAUUAAAGACAGUUAAACGUACACUUUUUUAUAAAAAGCCUGUUAUCGAAAAAGAAGAUCCAGAAUUAGAUAAGCCCGGAGCUAAAUUGAAACGUUUGAAGGAAGAUUUGAAGUUUAAAAUGGCCAUGAAGCGUAACGAAGAAUGGAAACAAAAGGAACAAGAGUUAAGAGAUAAUGAAUUAGAAAUGGACGAUAUAAACGUACACGGUAUAGAUACCGAGGAAAAACUACAAGACGAAUCUAGCGGAAGUGGAGAAGAAAGUGAACCGGAAGAGAACGAUAUUCCUAUGGUAGAUAAGAAGAGGUCUUUGUGUGAAUUUGCAGAUGAUGAAGCUGAGGAAAGUGAGAAUGAGGAGGAGCAGGAGGAGCAGGAGGAGCAGGAGGAGGAGGAGCAGGAGGAGGAGGAGGAGGAGGAGGAGGAGGAGGAGGAGGAGGAGGAGGAGGAGGAGGAGGAGGAGGAGGAGGACGACAACGACGAAGAAAAAUGUGCAAAGAAUCGUAUAUACGAAAAUGAUGAUGAUUCUAACGACGAUUGCAUCAGAAUUACAAAGAAAUGGAAACCAAAGAGAAUUAUAAAAGCGUUCGAAGAUGAUUCUAAUUUGUCGCCAUUAAAAACUACAACAGACAGGAUUAACGAAGCGAAAACAAGUGUUUUUGAAAGGACCACAACGAAUGUAGAUUUAUUUGAAACAAAUAAUUGUCCAAUCGACUGGAACAGCGAUGAAGAAAAUGAUGUUUCGAUUCUUCAAAAAAAUAAUCAGCCUGAUUUAACGCAAAUGUGUAAGACGCCAUCGAUUAAAACGAACGUUCUUGAUUUUGUGUCUCCAAUUACGCAACUAACAAUAUUGCAUGCAAGCUCGAAUUCUAGUAGAAAGAAUUCAGCCAAGAAGGACGAAUUCACAUUUGUCAAUAGUACCGAGUCAUUUUCUCAAACACAUAUGCCAUUCAAUGCAACAUGUAAAAGUCGUUAUGAUAUUGAUAAAAAAUUGAAACCACAAAAGAAACUUUUCGAUGAUUAUAAUGACGUAGCGAACGACGAAGAUCUCAUGCAAUUAUGUUCAGGAGAGUUUCCCUCGACACAAAUGACCGUUUUAAAUCCGACAUCAUCUGAGGAAAAAUCUUCAUUGACGACUUCAUUGACAUUGAAUGUAUGUCCCGUAGACGUAGAAAAAUCAGAUAAAGAUACAUCAUUUGAAAAGGAAACUUCUCAGGACGUGAAACUUUAUUUGGACGAAAGUUCUGCUUCGCCUCGAGAAAAUAUGAAAAAUAUCAAUGGGUCGACGUGGAAUAAGUUAUCGGCUGUCUUCUCUUCCGACAACGAAGAUGACCCCGAUAAAGAUGGAGAUAAAGUGAAAAUAACGAGGAAACGACGUACGAAAAAAUUACAAUUAUCCGACGACGACGACGACGACGACGAAAACGAUAGUCAACAGUGUGAUUUACGAUCGGAUCAGGAAAAGGUAGACGAUUAUGUCGAUUAUGAUUCCGAAGAAAAUGAAAUUAUUGUUUCGAAAAAGAGCAAGAAUAAUGUUGCCGCUGAAUUUUUCGAAGAAGAAGCCGAGUUGAGCGAUAGCGAUUGGGAUUCGGCAGACGAAGAUGAGAAAGAUUUAGACAAAUUGGAAUUCGAGGAAGGAGAUGAGGACGAAAUAGAUGAAAAUAAAGUGCGCAAUCAAUUAGAGAAAAUUCAUAUGAGACAAAUAUUGGAUCAGGAUCAAAGAGAAGUGAGAAUGUUGCAAGAAUUAUUAUUCGAAGAUGGUGAUUUGCAUACGGAGGGUAAUGGGCGAGAGCGAAAGUUCAAGUGGAAAAAUAUAGAUAAACUCGGAGAGAAUGGCGAGGCUUCUCGUAUGGACGACGAUACAGACGCUGGACUAGAUUUACAAGAUAACGAAAAUGAAUUGGAAUGGUGUAAACUUAGACACGAAAGAGACAAGUUUCUCGAGGAGAAAAAGAGAGCAGUAGACGAAGAAAUCGAGGAGGAUUUAGGGAAAAGUAAAAUCUUCAAAUUUGGCGUGAAAUUGCUGAAAAAACUCGAAUCCGGACAGUCCGAGAAACAUGAUUCUUCGGGAAACGAUAAUGAGCCCAUGAUAGAACCGAUAAUGCCGCGCAAUUUAUUCGAUUUAUUGAAUGCGCCCGCAUUGGGAGGAAGAAAAGGUGCGAUUAAAACCAUUAUGAAGAAACGUUCGUUCUUAUCGCGGGGAGAAGAAGAAUUAGAUCGUAUCGCUAAGAGAGUACGAUUGAAUGAUACGAUCAAUUUGGCGCCAGCGAAUACGAAAAACUUUUUAUUCGCGCAUGUAACUCCGCCCGUAAAGAAAGUCGAUGACGAAGAAAACGAAAAUAUCCACGAAGAGGAUGAAAACGAGUCGAAUGACAAAACGUUCCGGCGUAGAAAGAGGAAGGCAACGCCGUCGUCGAGUACGACGCCAAAAACAACAAAAAGAGUUAACCAAGAACGAACGGAUACGAAAGGAAAGAAAACACUUUGAUAUACCCACACACGUGCCGUUACUUGGAGAAAAAAAAAAGAAAAAG